UGGAACGUGUUUUAAGAAGCGUUAACUUGGAUGCACAUUUUUUGAAAUUCAGGAGCGAAAAAAUAACCCCUGACAUUAUUUGUAAUCUGACAAGGAAAGACUUUGUUAAUCUUGGAAUUAAUAGCAAUGCAGAUAUGAUGAGAUUACGUGUUGAAUGUAUCCCAUUUGGAAAAAGAACAAGGUGUUUAAGUUCGAAAUAACAAAGGAUAUGAUUCAUACAUUGUUGGAAUCGGGCUUUACUGUGAAAGAUAUGGCUAAAAUGUUGGAUGUAUCAGAGAGAACAGUGUUUCGCCGAAUGAGUCAGUUCAACAUAUAUGUGCACAGUUUUACUGAUAUUGACAACCAAACGCUAGACAAACAUGUCAGAGAGCUUUAUACCGAGUAUCCUCGCUGCGGAGAGAAAAUGAUAGGACAGAUACUUCGUGUGAGAGGAAUAAAGGUAAAGAGGUCCCAAUUAAGAGAACGACUGCACAUUGUCGAUAAAGAAGGGAUUCAAGAGAGACGCCACAGACGUUUGCACAGAAGAAUCUACAACGUGGAGACCCCAAAUUAUGUAUGGCACAUUGAUAGUAAUCACAAGCUAAUUCGAUGGAGAUUCAUUAUUUCUGGUGGUGUUGAUGGCUUCAGUCGUUUUGUUGUUUUUCUUAAAUGUAUCGAUAACAACAAGUCCAAAACAGUAUACGGCUGCUUUAAGGAAGCUGUAGCAAAAUAUGGGAUUCCAAAAAAAGUUCGAACAGAUCAAGGAAUGGAAAAUCUUGAUAUUGCCAGAUAUAUGCUGGAUAACAGGCAAAAGCGUUCAUUACCAGCGUGUUGA